AACUUCCGGUACGGGCGAGACGAAGACGAACGCGUUUCUGUGUGGGCCGGUGUGGUUCAGAGCCGUGGUUGUUCCGUGCAGUUUACAACACUUUAAAUGCGGUCACCUGCCAGGCAUCGCCACCGAGGGCUCCGUAGCUGCUACAUGUAGGUGUUUCGUGCCGCUACGUGCUAUCCACCAGCCACUUUCUAGUACACGCACCCCACCUUGAAGGAUGGCUGCUGACAUUUUUACGAAUGAGCGAGUUUUCUACGUGUGCAGCUGUAGUUCAAGGCGACCGAUUACUCGCAUAUACUUUUGCCGGCACUGUUCGAAGCUCAGAUGCGGCGACUGCGUUUCUCACGAGGUGGACUCAAACUACUGCUCCAACUGCCUUGAGUACAUGCCCUCACCUGAGGCAAGAAUGAAGAAGAACAAGUGCUCAACGUGCUUUGAGUGCCCGAGCUGCGGGCACACGCUGUCGGUGCGUGCCACCACCAUCCAGGUGCAGACACCCGAGGACCCUGGCAAGGCAGUGGCUAAGAAGGUGUACUACAUGGCCUGUGGCCUGUGCCGAUGGGCGACCAAGGACGUUGGGCUACCCGAUCAGACAAUGGCCACGGGCGGCUGGCAGGAGUACGAGAACCCCUGGAGCAAGCGGGUGGGCGUCCUGUUCGAGCACUACCGGCUGGUGGCCCAGAGGGACAAGGUGGAGCGGGAUCGCAAGAAAGCUAGCCAGCGUGCGGGAUACCUCCAGUUCUCGGAUCGAUAUGGAGUGUCAGCAGUGGUGGCCAAAAAGUUUGCGGGUCUCAUCAGUGUUGGAAGGAAGGAGGACGAGGUGAAGAAAGUGCAAGAGAUGCAGCCGGCCAUUGCCACCGAUGAGCUCGAGCCACUUCCCGAGGAAUACUUCUCCGAGCCUGUCAGUGUGUCUCAAGUGUGCAGCAUUGGUCAACGACUGUCCCAGCCGGACCUGCAGGCUGAGUACGUGGCCUUUCUGCAGCCCAAGCGCAAGCCUCUGCUCAUCAAGCGCUCACAGAGGUGUCGGGAAUGCGAGCACAACCUGAGCAAGCCUGAAUUCAGCCCUGCUAGCAUCAAGUUCAAGAUCCAGAUGGCUGCAUUCCACCAUGUCCCGGAAAUCAAAAUCAAGUCGGUGACUGCGUUCAACAUUGGAGAGGAGAGCUACGUGCAGCUCUCGCUGCACAAUCCGACCCCACAUGUGACUCAUGUGACGCUACUACCAGUUGAACAACCAGUUGAAGGGACCACUGCCAAG